AUGACUGCUUCUGAUCAAUAUUGUGUGCUCUGUUAUUUGGAUCAAACUGAGGAUCUGGAUCACCUGCUACUUCACUGUCCUUUCUCUCAAGCUAUAUGGCGAGAAUUUUUCCUUCAUCAGUUUUCUUCUAUAAUGCAACAUUCGACAGCCCUUUCUUGGGUGAAUACCUGGCAGCUAUCAGAUUCUAUGUUCAACAUACAGAAAAACCCUUAUUUCAUUCAUUUAGUUAUUUGCAUCAUGCACUUCAUCUGGAAACAUAGAUGUAGAUGUGUUUUCGACAACACAACACCCAACUUUAGCUCUGUCAUUCAUCAAGUGAGAUAUUAUGUUGCACAACAUCAUUUAGAUAGCUUGUCUGAUGCUUAUAAUCUAACUGUUAGAGAUAGUCAUAUCUUGAAUAUGCCUUGGGAACCUCCUCCUCCAUACUUCUUGAAAAUCAAUAUUGAUGCUUCAUAUAACAAUGCUUCACUUUUAGUUGGUAUUGGAAUUAUAACGAGAAAUUCUGCAGGGGCAUAUGUUAUGGGAAGGGGAACAGUAAGAAGAGCUAUUAAUGCUCAGCAAGCUGAAGCUUGGGCUAUGCAAAUGGCGAUGGUAAAUGGAUGGACUUAUGUGAUAUUUGGAACAGAUAACUUAGGUAUUAGUUUAAGUUGUAAUAAAGCUGCAGAUGCUUUAGCUAAAGCAGCUCGUAAACUUAAUCUAUAUGGGAAUUUGUGGUUUCAAUCACCUGAUCUUUUAAAUCCUUACAUAAUUUAUGAUGUAUCAAACCUGGUUGUUAUAUAA